AGCAAAUAAAUAACUAUGUUAGCGGGAUUGCCAAAAAAAAUCACAAGGUCGGUGUCGAACAUUUCGGCGAUGCGCGGCAAGAAUGAAUCGACGAUGAUGACGUCGUCGCGCGCCCCGUCGGAAGUGGCGAGCGCUGAAAUGUCGUGUUACGGCGUGUUCCGCAAACUGGAAUCCGUCGGCGGGGAAGAGCGCAUCACGGCCGGUCGGCCGCCUCAGUCACGACUGCCAGUGCCGCCGCCGUCGCCGCCGCCGCCUAUAUCGCCAGUCAGUCCGCGAGUGUCAGCGUUCGCGUGCGCUACCGCCGCAGCCGACGACGAUCACGACGACGAUCACGACGACGAUCACGACGACGAAAACCUCGACCACGACUGUUGCAAUUUUGACCGCGAAACGUAUUUGGUGUACGGUUGUGACGCGGCCACGGCGAUUACUACGACGUCGACUACUGUUACGACGGACGCGGCUUCGACGGGUGGACGCGACGAGAGCGGGCUGAGCGAUUUCGGCGGUGCGGCCGUUUGGGACGAAUACGACUACUGCUGUACCGCGACCAUCGCGGUGGGGACCACGGCCGAUCUCCGCGGGGGCGCGGCCGCCCCGUUCAGUCACACCCCAAUGGGCUCGACCACCAAGCUCGUGGGAAUCGACGCCAACAGCGAUGACACGCCAAAGAUAUAUUGCUGCAAAUCAAAUUGUCUGCAGAGUUUUGGCACGCUGUUGAUGACCGUCUCACUGACAUUAAGUCUAGCAAACGUCAUACGACUGCCUCGGAUGGUAUUUCUGUAUGGUGGCGGUACGUUUUUGGUAUCAUAUCUCACAGUUGCCGUCGUAUUCGGGGUUCCUCUCUUGUUUUUGGAGAUAACGCUCGGUCAGUUUUGUCAACAGGGCACCACUAAGCUAUGGAGGGCCGUACCUCUGCUCAAAGGUGUUGGUUUCGUCAAAGUCUUGGCGUCCGUGUUACUUGCUGCGUACUACCCGAUAAUCAUGGCGCUAUCAUUAUUUUACGGCUCACGUAGUAUCAUCGGAAGUAUUCCGUUUCCGGAGUGUAGUAAUUCAAUCAGCUUUUAUCAAGGGGUGAGUUCUAACUCUAUCAACAGUGACCAAUGUCUUCAGCAGACUUUUAUCAAACCUCCACACUUAAGCUGGCAGUGGAUUGUGAUGGACAUUUUGUUAAUAUUACUUAUUUGGAUCAUAGCCGCUAUAAGCCUGAUAAAAAACAGUAAAUCAUACAGAACAGUGGCAUUACUUGUCGUACCUGCAACGUUUAUUACAAUUGCAGUUUUAUUGGUCAAAGGACUUAACGCCAAUCAACAAGGACUGGAAAUAUUGCUAAACAUUCAAUGGGAGACUUUGUGGAAACUAGACAUAUGGUACCACGCCAUAGUACAAUUUUUGUUUACUACUCAUUUGGGAUUUGGUAAUAUCACAACGUGCGCAGGUCGACUGUACUCAAAGUCUAAUCCAUUUUGGACUUCUGUAAUGCUCACGGUGGUCAGCAUUGUAGUCGGCGUGUGUAGCGUUUCAAUUGUUACAAUGUGGAUAUAUGAUGUGCAAUUACAAGCCGGAGAGAAAAUGUUCACAACGUCGGCCAUAUCAGAAGUAUGGUUCCUGACAUUUGUGUACGAAUUGACGAUCAAAGGCAUCUUGUCCGAUAUGUGGGCCGCUUUGGUUUAUACACUAGUGUUUCUUUCCGGAUUUCUGAGUCUGAUAGCUGCUAUUUACACUGCUAUUGUAGGGUUAUCCGUCGAGACCAAGGAAAAAUGGAAAUGGUGGAUAUUGACUUGCAUGGUAUGUUUUAUUGGCUUCUUGGUGGGUGUCCUGUGCCUUUUGCCAGAAAACCUUCAAGCCGUGCACUUGUUAGAUGAGUACAUCAUUGGUCGCAUGGUGGUCACAUCUACGGUGCUGGAACUGAUUGCUUUCGUCUGGAUCUACGGGUUGGAGUCGCUAUCCAAUGACUUCGAGUUUGUACUCGGAUACAAAUUAUGUUUCGUGUGGAAAUUUGUGUGGCUGAGUACUCCGAUUUUGUUUAUGGUGUUUGAGUUUUGGAGUCUGUUCGUAAUGCCGCUAACAGAAUCUGAUUAUAGCUCACACGAUUCAAUGUGGCUGUACGUAAUCGGUUGGAUCGUUUAUCUGUUCAUGUGGUCAAUGAUUAUCGGUAUAGCCAUAUGGCAGAUAUCCGCUCAGGUGGACUACAACUUUUCACAAAAAUUCCUGAGUACCAUCAAACCGGCGCGGAACUGGGGCCCGGUGGAUCCAAUAUAUAGACACUGUUGGGUGCAGUGGAAAAAACAGUACCAAGUGACGGGCGAAAGGGACUUCACACUGAGACGACGUGGUACCAAGGACUAUACACAUUCCAUCAAGCGGGGCAAACACGCUGCACCUCCAGGCACGGCAUACAGUGUCAGCCCGACGUCGUUGGACCGCACGUCAUCAUGUUACAGUAUAGAUGGUGGUGGAGGUUCGUCUCGUCAGCACUCGUCUGAUAAACAUUCUCAACAGCAACAGCAACAGCAACAACAACAAAACCUCCACCAGUACCACUACAACCAUGCAAUGGCUGACCAAAGGCGGUGGAUCGCCGCGGAACCCAAAAACAACGGCGGAACUUCUAUCAAUUACAUGUGAUCGGAAAUGGUUAGUUUUCAUCAUGUGUGUUUUAGUUGUAUAAUUAUACGUUAGGAUAUUUUAUUUUAUUUAUUUAAAUCGAAAUAAUUAUCGAAGUGUCUGAUUUGUUUGAAUUUAUUUUCUCUACUUGCGUAUUGUGUUAUCUUUGUAAUUUUUAUAUACAUUAUACGUAUGAACUAUCCUUAUUUCAAACAGAGUUAGGAGAGACACUUAAUAUAUGCUUUUUGUUU